CGGAGGCGCGCCCAAGCCCAAUCUAGGGCACAGCAGUGGUAUUCGUCGGACUCGGCCAGCUUCUGGAGCAGUACUCCACGCCUUGGACCCGCCGCGGCAGCGAUUUCGCUCGGUAGGCCGCAGAGAGUUCAAACAAGCUCUGCCAAGCAGAGAGAGGAAAAGCCGCGCACGCGACGGCGGGCUGUCCAGGACUGCGGAGAGCUGAAAACAACACAAAAAAGAUGCCGACGCUCCGUCGCCGCAAAGCGAAAGAACAAGACAAGGAGAACACCGACGACGCCAUGGUCGACGACGACGACGAGGAGGAGGAAUAUGACGACGGCGACCACGCGAGCGACGCGGACUUUGAAGGUUCUCCGGCCAAGAAGAAGCCCAAAGACGACGAGGAAUUGCCGCAGGCGCCUCCCUUAAUGGAUGGCGGCGCGGCGCGGCCGCAAGCACCUGUUGACGGCGGCGCGGCGCGGUGCGGGGCGAAUGUGGAUGUGGGCGACGGGUGCGGCGUCCCGCAAGAAGACGCCAGCAUGGAGCCGAAGGACAUCCUGCGCUUAGAUCCACUCGUAGUGAACCAGAUCGCCGCGGGAGAAGUCGUGACGAAGCCUCCCAAUGCGUUGAAGGAGCUCCUGGAGAACGCCCUGGACGCCGGGGCUUCUACUAUCUCCGUCGAGGUCGAGGGCGGCGGCUUGGAUCGGUUGCGCAUUUGCGACGACGGGUGCGGCAUCAAGCAGUCCGAUCUACCGUUGUUAUGUGAACGGCAUGCCACGUCAAAACUACAAAAAUUUGAGGAUCUGGUGGACAUCGAGACCUUUGGGUUCCGAGGAGAAGCUCUAGCUUCCGUGUCGUAUGUAGCGAAGGUCCACGUCACUACUAAAGUAAGAGGCGACGAGUGCGCAUACAAACAAAGUUUCCGGGACGGCGCACCGCUCGGCAAGCCGAAGGCGUGCGCCGCCCCUGAUGGCACGACGAUAACGGUAGAAGACAUGUUCCACAACUUUCAAAUCAGAAGGAAAAUUUUGAGAGGCCAGGUCUCGGAGCAGUACCACCAGAUGGUGCGGGUGUGCGGCGCCUACGCCGUGCACUACGCGUCGAAAGCGAUAUCUUGUCGCAAGGCCGGCCAUGGUAGUGACUUGGUGACCACGGGCGGUACGACGCUAGAAGCGUUAACGGCGGUGCACGGUUCUACAACAUCCUCAAAUCUGUGUGAGUUGAAAUGUGGACAAGAAGGCACGGACGAGAAACCGUUACAUUUCUCGCUGACCGGAUAUGUCUCCAAAAGAUGUGUGGAAACGACAAGGGGCACGCCUCAGAACAAGAAGGACCGGUUCACGUUGUUUAUUAAUGAUCGAUUAGUAGAAUCCACGGCUAUAAAAAGAUGUGUGGAUGAGGUCUAUGCGAACCGACCCGACCAUGUCGCUUCUACGACGAGCAAGCCCUUCGCGUACCUAUCACUGAAAGUACCUGGUAGUCAUGUGGACGUCAACGUGCACCCCACGAAGAAAGAAGUACAUUUUUUGUACGAGGCGGAAUUGUGUCAAGCUCUACAGCGAGCUUUAGAGCCGUUAGCGGCGAAGCACGCCGACACCCGUACACUAGCUCAGUUGAGCGACAAGCCUUCUAGACGGAAAUCAUCGUCACAGUCGCAGCUGUCCCAGCCCUCGUCACAGCAACCGCGGGGCGCGUUCCACUCGGAAUCACAACCAUCACAAAAACGGACGACGAACACGCAGCCCUCGCAGCGGCCCGAGAAGAUGAUUCGCGCCGACUACAGAGAUCAACAAAUAGAUAGCUUCUUCCCGGCCUCCCAGAAGACGCCGGCACCACCUCCAAAAGCGGUAAGGGAGGCCAAUCGCGUCACGGACGCGUCUCGAGAGGAUUCACCCGAGGACUGGUUCGCGUCGCAGGACGAUAGUGAGGCGCCCGCCGACUCGGCGACGCAGGACGGGCCGCCGCCGCCGCCGCCGCCGGAUCCGACGCCGCCGCCGGAGACGCCUCCUUCCCAGGAGGCCGCGGCGCCGUCUCGAGACGGCGACGCCGCCAUGGCGCCGGCGCGGCCGCCUCCCGAGCGAGCGACGGCCCGCUACGCCUUCGAGCCGCUCAAGGCCCAUCAACUCGAAUUAAGGGCGAACGACAACCUCGAGGUCUGGGUCACGGACGAGUCGUGGUGGCUCGCGCGGAACGCCCGAAGUGGUGAAGAGGGCCGCGUGCCGAGCGGCCACGUGCAGCUCGGCGCGUGGAAUGAAGAUGAGAGCGACGCGGACAUGGCCGACGACGCGCCGACCGCGCGCGCGAUGGCGCCGUCGCCGGACGACGACGAGGCCACCGCGCGCGCGAUGGCGCCGUCGCCGGACGACGACGAGGCCACCGCGCGCGCGAUGGCGCCGUCGCAGGACGACGACGAGCCGACCGCGCGCGCGCGGCAGAACCUGCACAACGCCCUCAAGCAGCCGUCCCAGCAGGACGUCACUCACUCACAACCAACAAAUCUGCAAGGCGACCGCUGCAAGCUUUGCGGCUCGCUCAAGGCAUCGCAAUCACUGGCCGAAACGCCGGGCGCCUUUGCCGCGUCGCGCGAUGCGAGAGAGGCUUUGAUUGAUGACGACAAGAAGUGCCCGGAGUGCGGGUCGGUCAAAGCGGACGCGGUGUUGUUGCCACCUCCUCCUAGACCGCGCAAGUUCGAACUCAAACACACGCAAUGCGAAUAUGACUCCAUUAAGGAAAUGCUCGAGGAAUUGCGGGCGCGGCGGCCGCGCGUCGCAAGCGCGGAAGCGUUGCGGACGCACGUCUACGUGGGCAACGUCGACGCGCACCGUUCACUCAUCCAACACGGCACGAAGCUGAGCAUGGUGAACCACCUGCUGCUUUCAAGAGAACUCUUCUCGCAGUUGGCCCUGCGCCAGUUCGGCGAAGUGGACUACCUCGAAUUCGACCCGUCGUAUCCCGUCGUGGACUUGAUCGCGGCGCACCUGGAAGCGUGCGAGGCCGACACGAUUGACGAUGCGAAAGCUGCUUCGCAGGACGCCUUGGAGAAGUUACGAGCGAAGGCGAGCAUGCUCAAGGAGUACUUUGGCAUUGGUAUUGAUGAUGGUGGUAUGCUCACGCAUUUGCCGGUGUUGCUCGAGGGGCACACGCCGUACCCGGGCGCGAUCCCCGGUUUUCUGUGGCGCCUGGCCACGGAGACGGAGUGGCGGUAUGAGCGAAGGUGUUUCGAAGAUGUGAUUAAUCACCUCGGGGUCUGCUACGCGCAGCUGCCGUCCCACGAAGUUGUGCAGGAUGAUUUUCGCGAAUUAGUUUUGGAGGACGACGCGAAGGAGACGCUCGAGAAAGUCAUCUUCCCGGCCUUGAAGCAGCUGCUCCUGCCGCCCGCCGGAUUAGAUGAUGACGCGUGCAUCGACACGCUGACGACGCUCGAGCGGCUGUAUCGGCAGUUCGAGCGGUGUUAA